AUGAAAGCACGUAACAUUGAAGAUUUAGAAAAGAAAAGAAAAUCAAUCAGAGCUUGCAUACUCCACGUAAAGAGGUAUGCCAAGUAUUUCUUUGUGGUACAUGAUCUGCAGACUGCCAUUGGUAACCCUCAAAAGAUUCAAACCAUUGUUGACAGUGUACCUAUCAUAGCUCAUGACAUUUCGAGUGGGGAUUUUAUGUUGCAAUUUGCAGCAGUUCAUAAGAUGGAGUUCAUCAUGGUGCAACUAAAGGAUCAUGCUGCAACACAAGCCUUAGUUCAGCGUGGCAUAGUCCCUCAUUUGCUGCGGUUUCUUGGAACUUGUCCAGGCUAUGUUCAAAUUACUGUGGUAGAAGUUCUUUACAAACUGAUAAAUGAGUCUCCUGAGCAAGCUCAAGAAAUUAUCGAUCAUGGUGGUGCUCCUAUAAUUGUUGGACUAUUACAUUCUCGCUAUAUUACAGUGAAAGUCAGGGCACUGGGAGCUAUGGCAUGUGCCCAGGACCUCCCACCACAGUACAGGGACGCGCUUCUUAAGCAUGGCGCUGCCACAGAGUUAACAGUCUUGCUUGAACCACUAGUUGAACUACCUAUGCUUACUGUAUCCCAAGGCUCUGAAGAAGCAACAUUGUUGUACAGAGGAGUUCAAUCUUUGCCAGGUUUAUGCUCAGGAGAUCCAUUACCGGAAGUCCAUCUGGUGGAAAUUCUGGUUCCAAGUCUUCGAAGAUUACUACUACUUCACAUUCCAAUUGGAAUAUAUACUGAGAUUAUUACUGAUGCUUGCGUUACCCUGUACUACAUUUUGGAAAAUCUGAUGAUAGCUAACCGACUUCAGGAUUAUGUGAAUGCAGAGUUAUGUGAGAGUCUAUUGUUGCUCAUGCAAGGAACAAGCGAAGAACUUGAUGAGGCUAUUCAUCUAAUUUUCCGGAAUCUGAUAUCCAGUCAAGCUCUUUUUCAGGUUCUAAUGGACAAAGACUUACUUCAAGCACUUAACCAAAACCUCUAUGAUGAGCCCGUGUAUCAAGCAAAAUCUUGCAAGACAAUCUUCGCUAUAAUAUACUACAGACGGGUCAGUGUACAGGCAAUUCUUGAUGAACAUAUAAUCCAUCGGCUUCUUGAAAUAAUACAAGAUGGAUUUGGAGAUGUCGAAGUAAAAGAGUUGGCUGUCUCCAUUCUUGCACAAGCAGUUAGGCAUGGAACUGUUGAAGAUAUUAACUUGUUGGUGGACCUAGGUUGCAUCCAGCCUCUCUGUGAGUACCUUAACAACAUCGUGACACGGGCAUACUGCAUUAUAGGACUGAGGAAGAUCAUACAGAAGGGCAAUGAGCAGAGAAUUCGUAAUGCAAAUAUUUAUGCUGGGAUAGUCGGUGAAGUUGGAGGCGAUACAAUCAGGGCCCUGCAGAAUGAUGGACACCUUGGUUCGAUAGCUCGAUGGAUAAUGAUGCAUAUUUGA